AUGGAGUGUCAGAAACAUCGCGAUUCGCAGGUUGUAAUGAUCUGUACAACCUGUAAUAAUGUAUUCGUCUGUCUGGAAUGUGCCACAAACGAACACAAGGGCCAUACAUUUGGAAAGUUCGACGAGGUAGGAAAAGACAUCCGUAAGAAGUGCUCGAAUUUAUCCAAUGUUAUGCGAGAUUUACGUUCCGAUUUGCAAACUAUCAUCUACGCUAAGAAAGACCAAAUUAGAUGUACAAAAACCGCUAGCAUGAAAAUAAAACAACAGAGAGACGUUAUGCAUAAAGCUCUGGAUGACAUAUCUGAUUAUCUCAUAUCUAUAUGUGAGAAACAGAAGCUCAGAAACCUAGCCUUACUGAACGAGCACGAAUCUGCUUUGUCGGAACAAAUAGGACAAGUUGAAACCGAGGACGAAAAACUCAAGCGAGUUCUGACUUCCAAAAACGAUCUAGAUGUUAUACGAGGGUCACAGAAUCUUAAAUCGUCCUUCACAAGACGGAAAUCCCGACACAUUCCCAAACCCUUGGAGUUCCACACGGGGACAAUGGACGCCAGUGUACUGCAGCAGAUGUUGGGUUCCCUAAUAAGCGACCCAGUAGACACCUUAAUUGUCCCAUGGCACGAUAUUCCAGCGUCUUUGAGAACUCACGAAAAUGAUGACAUGUCCACUGUUCACUCUAAGUUUCCACCAAUAGAACACAAUGGGGUGCACCGUGAGUCCGACAAAACUCCCAGUUCACCUAUCUCGACUAUUUCAACCAACAAGAAGAAAGCAAUCGCUACGAUUUCCACGUUCAAGCAUUCAGCCAGUAUGGGGAUCAGUUCUGUGUUUACCGCGAAUCCUGGACAUGCGUGGGUGAAGUGUGCAGGUCAGAAUGAGAUCAGACUGGCCGAUAAGUCCGGAUACAUCAAACGUAUCCUUCGGUUCGGAACUUUGAUUCGUGGACUUGCCGUUACUCCGGAUAUGAGACUUCUCGUCUGCUGUUUUGAUGCACGUUGUAUAAAAAGGCUUUCUCCCCCAAACUACAAAGCUUCUACUUCUUUCAGCACAGGUAACUUGAAACCUAACUAUGUAUGUUCAACACCGAAAGGAGAUUUCUUGGCCACCCUUGUGGACAGGAUGUACCAUGAUGUCUCUCACGAGAGCCAGCGGUUACUCGCGCGUUACACAGAAUCCGGCAAGGAAGUCGCCCGCGCUCAAUUCGACAAGUUCGGCGUCAACCUCUUCGUUUUGCCUGGUCAGGUCAGACUGACAACAAACGGCAAUGUGGUGGCAGUUGUUAACGAAACAAGUGAGGAAUCGGCACAUCUAGUUCUUUUGGACGGAAGUUUUAAGCUGAAAUUACGCUUCUUUGGCGAUGGUCGUGCUAUUCCCGGAGAAAAGAAACAUAGUUUUCCAAGAAGACAAAAGAAAUUUUACAUCAAUGAUGUUGACUUUGAUUCUUUUGAUAACAUCGUGUUUGCCGAGUCCCACACUAGAACCGUCCAAAUCCUGGACCCUUCUUGUCAGCUUCUACAGGUCAUCCUUCAGGAGAUUCAUAUACCCUGGUCCGUCGCUGUGAGUGAGUUCGGUGAUAUCUGGGUCGGCCUGGAUGACGGCAGAGUAAAAGUGCUCAAGUGA